AUGGGAACCAAACUAAACAUGGAGGGAAUUAUGCUCUUUGAGCAGCCAUUUGUUCGAGUUCCAUACGAGAAUUACCGCAAGGUUUUUCGUACGUCCCAGAAGAACGUGGAACGCGAACUCAGCGGGGUUCAAAAUAUCUCGAAUGAACUUGUAUCUCGUGCAUCGAAGGGGAAUGUUACUCCCGAAGACGCGUUGAAAUCAAUUGAUAAUAUGAUUGGAAAGGUGGAGAAUCUGAAGAGAAAACUAUCUGACCUUCACGAGACGUCAGGGAAACCGACCCAAGAUGUAAUGCGGGAGCGUCUGCACCAUCUCGUAACCGUGGAAUCGCUACAGGCAACUACUCAGCCAGAGUUCUCGAGAUGGGCAGAUGUCCGGCUUGAUAGAUGGCUCGUGGACUGGUGUUUGAGAACUGGGAAGGAAAAGUCUGCCAAAAGUAUUGCGAAAGAGAAGGGGAUCGAGACUCUUGUGGAUAUCGAACUUUUCUCGGACAUACGGCGUAUCGAAGACGGUCUUGCUCGUCACAGUUGCACCGAAGCUCUCGCCUGGUGCAAUGAAAACAAGACCGCCCUUCGCAAAAUCAAGAGUACUUUAGAAUUUGACCUUCGCAUGCAGGAAUACAUCGAACUCUCAAGAGCAAGAAAGACUCUGGAAGCUAUCGCCUAUUCUCAGAAACACCUAGUUCAAUGGCACGAUACCCAUCUCGCUCAGAUUCGGCAACUGUCCGCUUUGCUGGCGUUCCCACCAACCACUUCCUGCGGCCCUUACAAAAGAUUAUAUGAUUUAUCCCGCUGGCGUACCCUUGCCAAGGCAUUCCGUUUGGAAAUAUACAAUCUUAACACCCUUUCCACAGAGCCACUUCUUCACCUUGCUUUAUACGCAGGCCUUGUAGCACUGAAGCUUCCUGCAUGCUUUGACCACUCGACUAAAAAUGUCGACUGCCCCGUUUGCGAUGGGGAAUCUGGUUUAGAUUCAGAACCUCUGGGACUCGGAAAACUUGCAGGGGAAGUUCCAUAUAGCCACCAUGCGAAUUCAACCAUAGUAUGUCGGAUAAGUGGGAAGAUCAUGGACGAAGAUAAUAUGCCAAUGGCAUUCCCCAAUGGUCAUGUCUAUUCUCGAGAGGCUUUAGAAGAGAUGGCUGCUAAGCAUGGGGGUAUCGUUACCUGUCCGCGGACAGGUGACUCAUGCCAAUUUUCUGAUUUGCGAAAGGUGUUACCUCUUGGGUAUCCGUCGAUGCCACCAGUAAAGCAGCCAGUACAAGCAUCUUUGGAUGAUUUCGAACUUGGAGAAGAAGUUGCAUGGGGAUCUUUGGCUACGAUUAUAGAUGCGGUUUAUAAAAAGAAUAGAAAACAUUAUGCUCUCAAAGUUUUGAACAAAGCGCAGCUAGUGAAGAAGAAAGUCAUUCGAUCGGCUAUGGUUGAGAAGGACGCGUUAAUUGCUCUGGGUACAAGAUCAAAAUCACAUCCCGGGGUUAUUCGUCUGCACCACUGUUUCCAGGAUUCAACACAUUUAUACUUUGCCUUGGAUCUGGCUACUAAUGGCGAUUUGAAGGUCCUAGUUCAAAGACUAGGUUCGAUAUCACUUGACUGCGCGCGUUAUUACACAGCACAGCUAGUGGAUGCAAUUCAAUACCUCCAUGAAUCAGGGGUGGCGCACCGCGACAUAAAGCCGGAGAACAUUCUCCUCGAUAGUGAGAUGCGGAUCAAAUUGGCAGAUUUUGGGUGUGCGUAUAUAGGCUCAGAUAUGGAAACUCCAAGAACGAACACAUUUGUUGGAACCGCAGCAUACAUCUCACCCGAACUGCUCGCCCGUUCUGAUUCGAAUCCGAAAAGUCCUGACAUGUGGGCUAUAGGUUGCACCCUUUUCUUUUUCCUCUACGGAACAUCGCCAUUCACUGCCGCCACGGACUAUCUCACAAUGAAGCGGGUGAGAGCUCUGGAUUUUUCUUUGCCCCAAACCUGUGACCCGGAUGCCGCCGACUUGAUUAAAGCCCUUCUCGUUCUUGACCCGCUCGAACGCCUCGGGGUACCACCGAAGUCUUCAUCAGAUAUUCUCCGUCAACAUCCUUUUUUCAGUGGCGGCGGGAAGACCUCUUCUGAUGAUACUACUUCGCCAAGACCAUGGUCAGUCAUUGAUUGGAACGUCCUAUGGACUGCGCCACCUCCCAAAAUUGAGGUUGGGCCUUACCGCUCGAGGCCAAAGGAGGUACCUUCAGACGAUCUUUGGGUCGGCUUUGAGAGUCUCAAUGUUGAUAAUGAUUGA